GACGUCAUCUUAUGUCGACACGGUCACUGAGUGUAGCUCACGUACUUUCACCAUAACAAACACAAACAAGAAGUCAUAUUUUCUUGAGCUGUUUCCCUAAGAAGAACUUAUUUAAUGUUAUAUCACAAGUAAGUAGCUAUGCGCUCCCAAACAUAAGCAGCGGUCGCUCUGAGCCGAAAUGAACCCAUCGAAGAAGCUCCGAAGGUUGGAAGUUGAUGCUGUGGUCAGAGAAGAGGAGCGAGAUGACACGGGGGAGGCAGUGGAUGUUAGUAUUAUCAUGCCUGUGUACAAUGCUGGCCCAUGGCUGGAUGAAUGUCUGCAGGCCAUAGUAGAUCAAGACUUUGCUGGGUCCAUGGAGCUGUCUGUCUUUGAUGAUGCGAGCACAGAUGAUUCCAGGAAAGUGGUGGAGGGUUGGGUGGAGAAGCUAAAAACAAGGGGAAUCUCUGUGGUGAUCUCUGGUCACAACUCUGUCCAACCAAGAGGAGUGGGUUUUGCGAAGAAUAAGGCUGUGUCUCAGAGCUGUGGCAGACACUUGUGCUUUCAAGAUGCGGAUGACAUUAUGUUGCCACAAAGAGUUCGUCUACAAUAUGAGAUGUCACUCCUCCAGCCAAACUCUCUUAUUGGAUGUCGCGUUAAAAGACUGCCAGAGGAAUCCACAGAGCGUUACACUCGUUGGAUUAACACAAUUACUCAGGAUCAACUUAUGACACAGGUGUACACAUCUCACGGCCCCACUGUUGUCAUGCCCACAUGGUUUUGCUCAAGGCAAUGGUUUCUGAAAGUUGGACCAUUUGAUGAAGGUGGAAAGGGUGUACCGGAGGAUCUCCUGUUUUUCUACCAGAGUCUUAGACACGGAGGUGGUGUUUCCAGGGUCAACCAGUGUCUGCUGAUCUAUCGUUACCAUGAGAAAGCCGCCACACACUCCAUAUCUGAAGAAACCAUUUGGAAGCAAAGAGUUGACUUCCUGCAGGAGAGAGUCCUCGGAGUUUGGGAGGACUUUACCAUAUGGAAUGCAGGGAAACAGGGUCGAAAACUGUACCGGUGCCUCAGUCCAGUUAAUCAGAAGAAAGUGAAAGCGUUCUGUGAUGUGGAUGAAAGAAAGAUCAAGAAAAGAUUUUAUACAUUUGAAGAGUCAAAGGAAAAACCUAAACCAAAAAUUCCAAUUCUGCACUACAAACAUGCGUCUGCACCCUUCAUCAUCUGUGUUAAACUGGACAUGACUGGAGGUGUUAUGGAAGAAAAUCUUAACUCACUGCUGCUGAAAGAAGGAACCGAUUACUACCACUUCAGUUGAGUACUAAGAGAUAGUAGAAGGGGUUUUUUUUUUUUUUAAUUUAAAUUCACUUUGGUGUCAGCUUCUUAAAAGUUGUUUGAAAAUUAAAAAGACUCACUCUGGAGUCUAGAGAAAUAUUUGUAUAGCCCAAAUUUACCAAACAGGCAGGGUUUGAUUAGAUCAUUAAAGUGAGUGUGUUGGGA